AUGGGAGAAGAGAAACAGGGAGGAGAGGAGAUGGGGAGGAUGGCAUCGGCAGGCGUCACUGUCGCCGCGCCGUCGCGUCGCGCAGGGGCGAGAGGAGCGAGAUCCGUGAAUGAGGCAAGGAUCUGCACCGGUGGCAUUGGGCCUCUUCGCGCCGCCGCGGCUGCCCGCGCUAUCGUCGUUGCCGUGGAUCCACUGGGAGUCGCCGUUGAAGAUGAGACACAGAGAGAGAGGAGGGCGAGAGAGAGACAGAAAGCUCGCGGUAGGGGAAACAAUCCACGACGCCGUCGGAGCUUCUAUGGCCGUCGGAUGCUGCCGCGGCCAGAAUUUCUGGUCAUCGCCAUUCUGGAGUUAGAAUCCGGUUUGCUUAUGCCGCUUGUAGCUGUUUUUGCUUUCGAGAGAGCAAGCAGAGCCGAGGGAUGGGGCCGCGCUACUGGCGCCGGUCACCUCGCCGCCGCACCACCGCGUCCUGCCGUCGGACCCAUCCCGUUGUUGCCACCAGCAUCGAAGAAGAGGGGUGACUCGCGAGUGAGAGGGGGCGAGAGCUUGUCGCCAGAGAAGGAGGGCGCCAUCGGCGCCGUUCCGGGUAGAAGGAAGCGUCGUGCGAGGGGCAGAGGCGGAGGGAGCCUCUGUCGCGCCACCACCGCGCCGUUGCCGUUGCUCCCUGGCGCCACCGAAGAACCGCGCUCAACUCACCGCUGUUCAGGCUCUGGUUUGCCGUCACCCUCGUGCAGCCGCCGCCGCAGAAUAGCCUUGCACCCGCCGCCGUCUUCGCAGGAACUUGGGUGGCCGCGGCCGCUCCUCGCCAUGGAGCCCGUGUCAUCGUCGUUCAGCCAUCGCCGGAGCAGAGCAGACGAGAGAGAUCUGAAGGUGUGCUGGGAGUCCAGCCACCGCGCCCAGCCGCUGUUUGCGUCGCCGGCGCCGCCUCGGUCGGAACUGCCGCCAUCAGACAAGGGUUCUGGCCGCCAGGGGGGUUCUGCGACUCCCGGGACCACCGCCGGAGAAUGCAGCUCAGUCGCCGGAGAACUCUACCGUUACCAACGCCGGAGUCUGGUCGCCACUGUCACUUGAGGUGGCUGACGUGCUGCUGCCGAACCGGUUCAAGAGACCGCCGCUGUUCGGUUCAACCGUUUCUUCUUCGUGUUGCUAUGGUUAUUGCGAAUGUGGCUUGAAGCUGAGGUUGCGGUUGUUGUUGAUUUCGGGUUGAGGCGGAAAGGACUCUGUGACGCGUUUGGGUUAUGGAAUUGCGUUUUGAGGAUAUGGGCGCAGAAGUUACGAAGAAUUUAUUUAGUUAUUGUUGUAAUGUUCUGUAUUGCUUUAGAUUAUUAAUUAUUGUACCCUCGCCUUUAUCUUGAUAUAUUCUGUAAGAGGGAUAUGAAUUGUAUUGGUUAAUGUCUGUAAUAUUAUUUGUAUAUGUAUGUAUAUAUAUGGAGGUACUCUUUAUGAGUUUUUGUAAGUCGUAUGGUUUCUUUAGAUGUACGUUAUCGAACGAAAAAAAAUUUUGGGAACGGUAUUUGCGGUUUAAAGUUUCAAACAGGCUCAUAUUUUAAUAAUAAAUAGUAUAAGAGUCGUCGUAAUGUCCGAGCUAUCAGAGUAGCGCAGCCGGAAGCGUGAGCUUUGGUAGUUAGGGUGUUACAUUAUGGUAUCAGAGCAGUUCUUCCUGUAGAGCCUGAGGAAUGGACUGACUAUGCUUCAUUUGCAUGCUCUGAGCGUUUGUCAUGUAUUAGGUCUCGUCGAAUGAUGAGAAUUAGAGCCUUGUGCACAUGACGGUCUAUUGAUUAACGCCGUUAGUCUUGCAUUGCAUAAUUCUUGGUAUUAAGUUUGGCCGGCUUAAUACUAGUGAAUUAUGUCUAUGAAAGCACUAAUGGGUUAUCAUAGGCGAUAUACGAGUUUUGAGCAAAGCGAAUCGCGGGUUUUGGGAACGUUGGAAACUAUUUCUCGAGGCUAUUCAGUUGUGUGUUUUGGAUUCUGUUCGAGUCGACCUGUUCUUUCAUGUUCUAACUUGAAGUUCUUGUCUGCUAAUCCUUUUGUAAAGUAGUUUGAUUUUUCAACUCUAUUCCUCUAUCUAUAUGCAUUCUUGUUUGACCUUAAGUGCAUAUGCUGGUUUAAGAUCCUUGCUGCAUCUAUCUUCCUCUGUUUGAGCUCUUCUUGGUUCACAUGCUCUUUGGUAUAGUUUUGAACUUGUCUUAAUGCGCUGUGCCUUUUAACUCCUGGUUCUGAGUCCAUUCUUUGAGAAAUUGUUGAUUCAGUUUUUCUCUUACUUGAUAGUGAUCACAGCCAAUUUUGAGAUUUUAUAAAUUACUAUUGACUAGAUAUACACUUAUCUAUAUGAGGAACUUUGAAG